CCGUGCGCUGGGCCCGACACCCGCCCCCCAUCCAGGCUCAAUUCCUCUGGGACGGCCGCUCCUCGGUCACGGGCUCAAGAGCGAGCUGGACUUGGAAAAGGGCUCAGAGAUGAGAAAGUGGGUCCUGUCUGGCAUCCUGGCUAGUGAGGAGACUUACCUGAGCCACCUAGAGGCGCUGCUGCUGCCCAUGAAGCCUUUGAAGGCGGCCGCCACCACCUCCCAGCCGGUGCUGACGAGCCAGCAGAUCGAGACCAUCUUCUUCAAGGUGCCUGAGCUCUACGAGAUCCACAGGGACUUCUACGACGGGCUCCUGCCCCGCGUGCAGCAGUGGGGCCAUCAGCAGCGCGUGGGCGACCUCUUCCAGAAGCUGGCCAGCCAGCUGGGUGUGUACCGGGCCUUUGUGGACAACUAUGAAGUUGCCAUGGAAACAGCCGAGAAGUGCUGUCAGGCCAACGCUCAGUUUGCAGAAAUCUCUGAGAACCUGCGAGCCAGGAGCAACAAGGAGGCCAAGGACCAGACAACCAAGAACUCUCUGGAAACCCUGCUCUACAAGCCCGUGGACCGGGUCACCCGGAGCACGCUAGUCCUGCACGACUUGCUGAAGCACACACCCCCCAGCCACCCUGACCACCCGCUGCUGCAGGACGCCCUCCGCAUCUCGCAGAACUUCCUGUCCAGCAUCAAUGAGGAGAUCACGCCCCGCCGGCAGUCCAUGACCGUGAAGAAGGGCGAGCACCGGCAGCUGCUCAAGGACAGCUUUAUGGUGGAGCUGGUGGAGGGGGCCCGCAAGCUGCGGCACGUCUUCCUCUUCACCGACCUGCUGCUCUGCACGAAGCUCAAGAAACAGAGCGGGGGCAAAACCCAGCAGUAUGACUGCAAGUGGUACAUCCCGCUCACGGACCUCAGCUUCCAGACGGUGGACGAGUCGGAGGCCGCGCCCAACAUCCCCCUGGUGCUGGACGAGGAGCUGGAUGCCAUGAAGAUCAAGAUCUCCCAGAUCAAGAGUGACAUCCAGAGAGAGAAGAGAGCGAACAAGGGCAGCAAGGCCAUCGAGAGGCUGAAGAAGAAGCUCUCAGAGCAGGAGUCGCUGCUGCUCCUCAUGUCCCCGAAUAUGGCUUUCCGCGUGCACAGCCGCCACGGGAAGAGUUACACGUUCCUGAUCUCCUCCGACUACGAGCGGGCCGAGUGGAGGGAGAACAUCCGGGAGCAGCAGAAGAAGUGUUUCAAGAGCUUCUCACUGACAUCCGUGGAGCUGCAGAUGCUGACGAAUUCGUGUGUCAAACUCCAGACCGUCCACAGCAUCCCGCUGACCAUCAACAAGGAAGAUGACGAAUCUCCUGGGCUCUAUGGGUUCCUGAAUGUCAUCGUCCACUCUGCCACCGGCUUUAAGCAGAGUUCAAGUCUGUACUGCACCCUGGAGGUGGAUUCCUUCGGCUACUUUGUAAAUAAAGCCAAGACGCGCGUCUACAGGGACACGGCCGAGCCCAACUGGAACGAGGAGUUUGAGAUUGAGCUGGAGGGCUCGCAGACGCUGAGGAUCCUGUGCUACGAGAAGCGCUACCGCAAGGCCCGGCUCGCCAAGGAGGACGGCGGGGAGAGCGCGGACCGGAUCGCGGGCAAGGGCCAGGUGCAGCUGGACCCCCAGACCCUGCAGGACAGAGACUGGCAGCGGACGGUCAUCGCCAUGAACGGGAUUGAAGUGAAGCUAUCAAUCAAGUUCACCAGCAGGGAGUUCAGCUUGAAGAGGAUGCCUUCCCGAAAACAGACGGGCGUCUUCGGAGUCAAGAUCGCCGUGGUCACCAAGAGGGAGCGGUCCAAGGUGCCGUACAUCGUGCGCCAGUGCGUCGAGGAGAUCGAGCGCCGGGGCAUGGAGGAGGUGGGCAUCUAUCGCGUGUCCGGAGUGGCCACGGACAUCCAGGCCCUGAAGGCGGCCUUUGACGUCAACAACAAGGACGUGUCGGUGAUGAUGAGCGAGAUGGACGUGAACGCCAUCGCUGGGACUCUGAAGCUCUACUUCCGCGAGCUGCCGGAGCCCCUCUUCACCGACGAGUUCUACCCCAACUUCGCCGAGGGCAUCGCGCUCUCAGACCCUGUGGCGAAGGAGAGCUGCAUGCUCAACCUGCUGCUGUCGCUCCCGGAGGCCAACCUGCUCACCUUCCUCUUCCUCCUGGAUCACCUGAAAAGGGUGGCGGAAAAGGAGACGGUGAAUAAAAUGUCCCUGCACAACCUCGCCACGGUGUUUGGCCCCACGCUGCUCCGGCCCUCGGAGAAGGAGAACAAGCCGCCCGCCAACCCCAGCCAGGCCAUCUCCAUGACCGACAGCUGGUCCUUGGAAGUCAUGUCCCAGGUCCAGGUGCUGCUGUACUUCCUGCAGCUGGAGGCCAUCCCUGCCCCGGACAGCAGGAGACAGAGUGUCCUCUUCUCCACCGAAGUCUAGAGGCCCCGGCCCGCCCCGAGAGAGCAGAGGACGGCCCGGGGCCCUGCCAGGGACACGGGCCAUCCGGCCACAGAGCUGGAGCUGAGCCUCCUGGAGGAGUCACAGGGCCCCCCUCCCCGGGCCCACGCUGCUGCCAAGAGACAGCGACCUCUGGCAGAA